AUGGAUACCACAGCACUGGUUAUCAUGUUAGUUUCUGUACUCAUUGAAUUUGUGGUGGGGAUGGCCUUAAACCUGCACAUCCUGCUAGUUUAUAUUGGGAACCUAAAAAAUGGGCUCUCGAUGGGUCCAUCGGAUAAGAUCCACAUCACCAAGGCUCUGAUCAAUAUCUCUGUGCACGUGAUGAUGACCGCACAAUAUAUAUUGGUUUCUUUUUGGCCCCAUAUGUACUUUACAAAUGAAGUUUUUCUCCAGAAUGGAAUGAUUAAUAUGUUUCUUAUCUAUUAUACAUUUUGGCUGACGGCCUUACUCUGUGUCUACUACUGCACCAACAUCACCACCUGUAGUCACCACAUCUUUGUUUGGCUGAAGAGGAGUCUCUCGUCUUACCUGCUCCACAUCCUUCUGGUAUCUGGACUUGGCUUGCUUACCAUAUGCAUUCCAAUAUUUUGGUUUGGUAGCAUAGAGCCUCCUGGGAACAUUACGGAUGAAUCUAAACUUUUCCAGGGAACAUUCUCGAUAGCUGCACCAUAUAGAACAACAUCCUCCAUCUUGGGCUUCUUCUUACCCUUGGCUAUAGCUUUUGUCUCCACCGCGUUCACCUCGUGGUCUCUUCUCAGUCACAUGUGGAGAAUGAAGCAGAACAAUCCCGGGUUUACUCGAUCUAAAUUCCAAACCCAGAUUAAUGCUACAAGAACCAUGAUCCUGUUCCUUCUCAUUUGUGUUAUCUUCAAUGUGAUACAAAUGUUUAUCGCUAUCAUCCCACUCAGUUCUUUUGAUACCAUAGUAAUAGUGACCUGGUUUGUUAACUUAUUCUACCCUCUAGCAGAAGCCGCCAUCAUCAUCCAGAGCAGCGCCAAGCUUAGGAACAGUCUCAUUGAGAAGUUCUUCAAUAAGAUAAGAAAGAACAGUGAGACUGAGACCUAA